UGCAGUGUGUGUGUGUGUGAGAGAGAGCGAUGGAAGGGAAGGUGUGUAGUGGGAACAACGUGCUCCAGGCGAGAAAAGCAGUGGAGCAGCUCAGAGUUGAAGCCAACAUGGACCGGGUCAAGAUCUCGGUGGCAGCGGCUCAGCUGGUGCAGUACUGCCAGGAGCACAUCCGCUCCGACCCGCUGAUCACAGGCAUCGCCACCUCCGCCAACCCCUUUAAGGACAAGAAGACCUGUGUACUGCUCUAGACCUGAGUACUACUCUAGACCUGAGUACUGCUCUAGACCUGCGUACUACUCUAGACCUGAGUACUACUCUAGACCUGAGUACUGCUCUAGACCUGCAUACUACUCUAGACCUGCAUACUACUCUAGACCUGCGUACUACUCUACUCUAGACCUGCAUAUUACUCUAGACCUGCGUACUACUCUACUCUAGACCUGAGGUCUACUCUAUACCUACGUACUACUCUAGACCUGUGCACUAUUUUAGACCUGAGUACUAUUCUAGAUCUGCGCACUAUUUUAGACCUGAGUAACUCUAGCUCUAGACCUGCGUACUACUCUAGACCUGAGUAGUACUAAAUACUAUUUUAGACAUGCAUAAUCUAGAUCUGUGUACUCUAGACCUGAGUGCUAUUUUAGACCUGAGUACUCCUCUGGCUCUAGGCCUGGGUACUAUUUUAUACCUGAGUAGACCUGAGUACUACUCUAGACCUCCGCCAAGCCCUUUAAGGGUGUUGUUACAGACCUCUGAGGUGCUCUGGAUCCCCUCUCUACCUGGAUGCUAC